CAAACAUAAGUCACAGCCACAGUUCCCUUUUCAAUAUUUACAGCUUUCCAGCACAACCUCCAGAGUAAACUGGAGCAGCAGCAACUCCCUGAGACGGAGCUUAUCAAGAACAUCUGGCAGGCUCAUAGCCUCACGACUUACUCUAAUUGGCACGCAAGCUACUUUUUGUUAUGGCCAACGGCAUGAUCACUGGUGCAGGAGAGAAGAUGAGCGCCAUAUAUCUCACGUUGGAUACAGAUCCUUCGUUUGAACUUUGGUCAUCCUAUGCCCAUGAUUUAUCUUGCAAUUGGCAUCGGAACGAGGCAGGAAAACAGGGCAAUAGUCUAUGCAGGAACUACGACAAACGCGAUUAUUGGGUCACCGUCACUCAAGUCUUCGAAUACUUCGUUUCUCAUCACUUGGGCAAAACCUUCGAAUCCGUCUUUGGUGGUGUUUCACGCAACAUGUUUACCAGGAUGCUCCUCAUGUUUCUGCUGAAAGCGCGCAAAACGACAGCGAGGUUACUACGCUGCACCUUCGUCUACUCGGAGAAGACCGCUUCUGACGACCAUUGGGGCCCACAGAUUGGUGGAUAUAACGAGAAUCACACUCAGUUCCCCGCACCACCCGUCGCUCUUUGUGCCUGGAGCGGAUGGGAAUAAGGUGGUUGGCGGUGCGGAGAUGGAGGCGAUGCUGGAGCCUGGAUUUGAUGACGAUGAGAGCCCAUCGCAGACGCCCACGAGCGCGAGAUACGCAAACCGAUAUCAACUUAGUGAUCACAACGGCGUAUCAUGUCCUAACCAUCAUCCGAUUCGGGCUCACGGACGCCUCCCGUACAGUAUUAGUCUUAUGGCACACGAAUAAAAAGGACCCAAGACGCACUGGUGAGAAACAUGACCCGCUGGGACCGUUAGAUCCUGGAGAGAAGUUUUAGAUUGGGGUACUUAUUUUGAGGACGGUGUGUUUCAUACAUACUUCACACACAUAGUGGUGUUUGUGUGGGUCUCUAAGUAUCUCAUGUUGGUGCUCGCUAUGAUUGGUACGAAAUGGUUUGGUAUGGCUAUAAGUAGGCCAGUGGCUGCGGGUUGAUAAUGAUAUCUUGACAUCUCCC